AUGACACGAGAGCAGUAUAUAUUAGCAACACAACAGAACAGCCUUCCAAGGACUGAGCAACCUCAGUUUUACCCAGUAGGGAUUUAUGGAUGGCGAAAGAGGUGCUUAUACUUCUUUGUCCUACUGCUGUUGGUUACCAUGAUUGUUAAUUUAGCAAUGACAAUAUGGAUUUUGAAGGUUAUGAAUUUCACAGUGGACGGAAUGGGAAAUUUGAGAGUCACUAAAAAAGGAAUACGACUUGAAGGAAUAUCUGAAUUUCUACUUCCACUAUAUGUGAAAGAAAUCCAUUCCCGGAAGGAUAGCCCACUGGUCUUACAGUCUGACAGAAAUGUAACAGUGAAUGCAAGAAAUCACAUGGGACAGUUAACUGGACAACUGACAGUAGGAGCUGAUGCUGUGGAGGCUCAGUGUAAGAGAUUUGAAGUGAGGGCAAGUGAAGGUGGAAGAGUAUUGUUUUCUGCAGAUGAAGAUGAGAUUGUCAUUGGAGCUGACAGACUGAAAGUAACAGGCACAGAAGGGGCAGUGUUUGGGCACUCUGUGGAGACACCUCAUAUCAGAGCAGAACCUUCCCAAGACCUCAAACUUGAAUCUCCUACUAGAUCUUUGGUAAUGGAAGCACCCAGGGGAGUGCAAGUCAGUGCAGCUGCAGGAGACUUAAAGGCUACCUGUAGGAAAGAACUGCAUUUACAGUCCACAGAAGGGGAGAUAUUUUUAAAUGCAGAUACAAUCCGCCUGGGAAAUCUACCAGUGGGUUCCUUUUCCUCCUCCUCGUCCUCUUCUUCUUCCUUCUCCUCCUCCUCCUCCUCACCCAGCUCUUCAGCUCCUCGCCAGACUAUCUAUGAGCUCUGCGUCUGUCCCAAUGGUAAACUUUACCUGUCUCCAGCAGGAGCAGGCUCCACAUGCCAAUCCACUAGCAACAUCUGCUUGUGGAGCUAGGAUGACUCCAUUUUAUCCUCACACCAGAAUAGCCUUUUGUUACUAUCCCUCUGCUUCACAGUUCUGCUCGGUUUCCCUUGUGACAAGUUCAACGCUUCAAACGGCCUGCAGAGCAACUUCUUCCAGUGUAAGCAGGAAUACAGCGCUGCCUUCUCUUGUGGUGUGUGGUGCCACUCAACAUAGAGAUGGGAGUGAGAUACUCAGAAAUAAAUGUGUUCUUCAUCAGGAAACCUAGAACAUAAAAUCACCUUUUUUUCCAAAAGGGACAAUAACACAGGUGCCUUUGCUACUUGAAGUGAAGCACAUAGUUUUAGAUUUUUGCAGGACCUGGAUAUGAACUGCACAUAAAUAUAUAUAUAGAGAGAGUACAUAAAUUUGCCCAGAAUCUGAUGGUGAGAUGAAUUGGUUCCCCCUGUAUGAUAAAUAACUUUACUGUCUAAAAGCACAAUUUUCCAUUCAUCUUUUUGGAUGUAAACUUUUAUCCCUGAAUUUUAAAAUUUUGAAGGAUUGUGUGAUGCUUGCUUUAUUACACAAAUUCAGUAAAUGGUUUUUAAUACAAAAAGAGACAGAAUCCCUCCCUGAGUUUGGUUUCUUUAAAUAUGUGUUGUUAUUCUUCGUCUACCAAGUCUAGGGUUUUAUACACUAGGUGAAUUUUGGAAGUGCUCAGCAAUAUUACUUUUCAAAGUUAAAAAGACAUAUGCUCUUGUUUGUCAGAUCUGAAUGACCUUAUAUAAUAUUUUCAUGGCUACUGUAUGUGAAGUGAUUGCUUUAAGUAGAACAUACAACUUCUGGAAAAGAAGAACAGGGUAAAGAAGGAAAUUCUGAUCAUAUGUUUGUUGAUCAGUGUAUUGCUCUACACAAGGUACUUGUAAUUGGCAAAUAUAAAACCAAAAGAGAAAUCUUCAAAGGUUCAUCUUACCCAUUUUCUGGCUAUGUCUAACUGCUGCCAUUUGAACACAGUAAAAAUGUUGGUACUAAUGUAACAUGUGAUGCUGAGAAGCAGUGCACUAACAACUUGUAUGACAUUCACAUUUAUUAUUCUCUUUUGUUUAUCAUCUGCUGCUAAGGUUUCAAAGUAAUAGUAGCAUAUAUAAAACCACAUAUUAAAUAGUAUUCAGUGUUAAAAAGUAUGUUGAUAUUACAUUGACUUUAUCAGGUCUGUGUUUAAAUUAUUCAGCCACAUUUGCACUCAGAUCUCAUUACUGACUUUCUUUUUGACGAAUCUCAUGAUGGAUUUCUUUCUUGUAUCAAUGUUCGUACUUGUUUGGCAUGGUUGGUAACUGAAAUAUUAUGAAAAAUGCUUUGGUAUACUGCUGGUAAAUUUGUCACAACAGUGGUUAACAAGAGUAUCUUGAAACUUGCAGAACCCAGGAAUGUUAAACAGUAUAAAAUUGCUUCCUGUUGUGGAAGAUGGCUUGAUUACAUGAGGUAAGUGAGCUUUUUUAUUCUAUGCUUUAAAUUACAUCAUCUAGCUUGUAGUUUCAGAGGAUUCUGAAUGUAAGAUCAUAAAUGCCAGCUUUUGCAAAGUAAUUCUAAAGUCAAGGCAGACAGUGCAAGGUGGGUAUUUGUACGCAAUUUUUUUUCUUAGAGAAAAAAGUGAAAAUGAGCAAACUAAUACUAUGAUUGCCUUUGCAUUUUAUUACCACCUAAUUAGAUUGAUUUUCUUUUCACUUCAGAUGAAAUUCACUCCUAUGCAGAAGACCAGCAUAAGACGUGUCAAUGGCUUGACCAGUGCUUGCCUUACCUUUGGCCCUCUUCAAAGGUGUGAAUUUCACCCCAUUGCAAGAAUUCUGUAUUUGCAGUUUUUACCAGCUAAAAGAUUAAGAUUUUAAACUGAUUAUUUUCCCACUUCAAAAGAAUAUAGAUGAUUUGUUAUUUUUUUGAGAUUUCUAUUCUUGGAAAGAAAAUAUAUUAGAAUAUAUUGCAAAAAUAUAUUAGAAUAUGAGGAUUUUUAGUAAGAGGGGCAAAAAGAGAUAUAAAUGGCAAAGAAGAUGAUAUUAAAAGAUUGGAAAGUGUAGCCAUACAAUACACCCUUAAAAAUGUAGGGAUAUAGAUGUCUUUUUCUUAUGAACACAAGUAAUAGAAUGGUAGUGUAAGAGUCAUGGAUAAAUAGUAUUUCAUGAAGAAAAGUAUAUAGACAUCUAUAUGUAUUCAUUGUCUGUGCACACCUACAAAAACCUGUUGCUGAAAAGAUGAAC